AUGUUCACACCGUGGCUCGUUGUCUUCGGAUGGCUGAAGCAGCACGUACCGACGAAGUGGUCGGGCUUCAAGCAGCACUUCAAUUUUAUCACGCUUCAUUAUACGUACAUUAUCUCCAUGUCCCUCAUCGGAUCCAUCAUUCUCUACCCGACGCACAAUAUGCCAUACGUCGAUGCUUUGUUUUUCGGGAGUGGCGCUGCAACGCAGAGCGGGUUGAAUACGAUUGAUAUCAACCAGCUCCAGUUGUACCAGCAGAUCACGCUUAUGCUCAUGGCAUCCGUCUGCAACCCCAUAUUUAUUAAUACCUUCGUUGUUUUCAUCCGUCUCUACUGGUUCGAGAAACGCUUUCAGAAUGUGGUGCUAGAAGCGCGCACCAUGCGCCGCCACCGGACGCGAUCGCGCACAAAGAGCGAGGCAAAGGGCGAUACAGAGCGGGAUGUCGGGAGAGAAGAGCAAGGCGUGGGUGAUCGAGAGAUAAAGGUCCUGAGGGCUGCGAAUGGCGAGGCCACGGGCAAGAAGAUUGUUGACGAGGAUGAUUUCUAUGAGGAAGCAGACAAGGGCAGCCCAAAGGCAUCGAAUUCGGCGAACGACGACGCUGAGGCGUCCGAGGAUGCGUCGCCUAGGGAGGACGCCCAGACUCCUUUGCAUCGGGACAUCACGUUCGCCGAUGAGGUUGCUUCACCUUCGGAUCGCAUCCCUCAACGACAUAAGGAGCAGAGCAUUGCGUUUGUCGAAAACCAGCGAAAUCCAAGGGACAAGGGAACGUACCGCAUUCCGGGGCCGCGAGAUUAUGAUCUAGGCUUUGUCCCGCAGCGUAUUGAAGAGGGGGAUGACUUGGAGCACGCGAUAACGGACGAUGCCGACGGCCAGCGGAUGAGGCGCCAGCGAUCCAAUUCAAUCCCGCCGGUCGAGUUGAACGAGGACGACCACCCUUUGAAGCAGCACAUUACCAUCGAUGCACCCGGCCCGCGCCCCCGUCCUCAUACCGGGACAUCAGCAUACAACUUCAGGGGGAGGACUUCAGAAUCCGGCGAGGUGCCGACGGCCGCUAUGUCUCUCCGUAAUAGAGCAAGAUCGAGAACUUUGGCCAGCUUUCUGACGAGGGACAAAGAAGAAGAGAAGGAUCCUAUGCCUUAUCUCAGCUGGACUCCAACCGUUGGGCGGAAUUCAGCUUUCGUUGACCUCACUGAAGACCAAAGAGAGGAGCUUGGGGGUAUCGAAUAUCGCGCUCUGAAACUGCUCGCCAUCAUCCUUGUCUGCUACUUUGUUGGAUUCCACCUGCUCGGAAUGAUUUGUCUGCUCCCGUGGAUCGUGCGCGAUCAGAAGUACUCCGAUGUUGCUCUCGACGCCGGAGUUAGUCCGGUGUGGUGGGGUUUCUUCACGCCAGCUUCGCUCUUCAACGACCUGGGAUUCACUCUUACACCCGACUCCAUGAUAUCCUUCCAGCUCGCCACAUUCCCUUUGCUCCUAGGCACGUUCCUGAUUGUUAUCGGCAACACAGGCUUCCCUUGUAUGCUUCGAUUCGUCAUUUGGCUGUGCUCCAAAUGCGUUCCGCGUGGCAGCAGCGUCUGGGAAGAACUGCGUUUUCUGCUCGACCACCCCAGACGGUGCUUUACGCUAUUGUUUCCCAGUAAUGCCAACUGGUGGCUGUUUUGGGUCCUUGUUCUCCUCAAUGGCAUCGAUCUAAUAUUCUUUGUCAUCCUUGAUCUGAACGACCCGACCGUCUUGAGCCUCCCGCCUUGGUUCCGUUUCCUAGACGGCUUGUUCCAAGCAGCCUCUACCCGCACCGCAGGCUUCGCCUGUGUAAACCUCGCCGAUCUACAUCCUGCCAUUCAGGUCUCGUACCUCAUCAUGAUGUACAUAUCCGUCUUCCCGAUCGCUAUAUCCUUGCGUAACACGAAUGUCUACGAAGAGAAGUCGCUGGGCAUCUACAGCAACGCCGAAGAGGAGGGCGGUGGUAGCUUUUUGGGGACCCAUAUGCGUCGGCAGCUGUCUUUCGACUUGUGGUUCGUCUUCCUGUGCUUCUUCCUCAUCGCUAUCAUUGAAGGCGGCCGCCUGGAGAACAACAACGAGUACGCAUUCACAUUGUUCUCCGUUCUCUUCGAGCUCGUCUCCGCGUACGGCACCGUCGGUCUCAGCCUGGGGUAUCCGGGCUUCAACACGAGUUUCUCGGGCCAGUUCAAGCCGCUCUCGAAGCUCAUUAUCAUCGCCGCGCAGAUCCGUGGGAGACACCGUGGCUUGCCAUACGCACUUGAUCGCGCUAUCUUGCUCCCGAGCGAGAGUCUUCAUAAGAAGGAGGAUGAGGAUGCGACGCUCAGAGCUAGGAGAGGCAGCAACGCCGGUGACCUCGGGGCGCCUGUUGGGCUGGUGCGCACGGGCACCGCGAGGAGUAGGAGAGGGAGCACGGCGACUGGUGAUGGAGGGCCAGAGGGGUUUAGAGGGCGCAUACGGCCGCAGGAUGUGGGGCGGUUCUUUGCAGGCGCGUUGAGCGCUGGGCCGAGUGUGCAUAGGGAUAAGAAGGCUUCCUGA